AACCAAGGAGCCCGCCCUCCCGCUGCCGCUGCGAUGCGACGAGGAGCUGGGCAAGCCGGGCAAGCCUGGCAAGCUGGACCAACCCAUCCACCGUCAAGUCGCACCAGCCUAGCUUCUUCAGCUUGGAAUCAUGUCAAAACAGGCCAGAUCGAGCACGGGUAGCUGCCGAUCUCAGUCUGUGAGAAUCAAUGACCCAAUGGCGUAAAUCAAUCUCAUGCACUCUCUUUGACCUCCUUCACCAGCCUGGAGUCUACAUCUCCUCCCAACCUCUCCUACUUCCACUUGCUCGUGGGCCUCUUCUACCCCGUACCAUACUUCUCUCCUGCUGAGUAGUGUCGCCGCCAACGGUCGUGGUCCCGUCUCCCGGCCCUUUGUGAGAACGGCCCGGUCUCGACCUUGAGCAGUCGCCAACGCCCAGCUGUAUUCGUGGUUCUUGGCCACUUAUCUACCCUGAAUCACAACUCUCAAAGUGCUUCGUCCCAUUGUUCACAGCUGCAGUCAUACGCAACAUGGAUCAGCAAGAACACACAGCCCCCGGGGGGCACUAUUCUGGCACCAACAGAAUUCCAAACAUUAAGCAGUUCAUGGAAGGCUUGGACAAAGAUAAGAAGGAACGGGACGCAGAAAUCGAUGCCAAACAGAAGCAGAACCACGCCGGCGACGGCGAGGUCAAGUCUCAUCGCUCAGAGAAGCCCAAGGGAAAGAAUCGCAGGACAGUCCGCGAUCCCGUCACAGGCAAGGAUGUCGAGAUUGACGAUAUUGGACCUGAGAUGGUCAAGGCAGUCGACGACCCACAUCUAUUCGUACCAAACGCCAACCUCGGAAAGGAGACCACGGUCAAGACAGACCCUACCCAGUCUGGCGAGGAGUAUCGGCGCAAUCAGGACAUCACAGCACCACCUGAUCCGGUCGAGCCAGGAACCACAAGUGAUGUGCCCAUCCAUGGCGAAAAGACCAACGUGCUCUUUCAUCCCACCCCAUCCGUGAGCUAUGAGCCCAUGUACGCCGCUCUCGAGGCCCGGGCAAACGUCCUCUGUGCUGGAAUCUUUUUCUCUAUCGCCUUUAUUGGAAGAAUCUUGGGUGGCUCGCUCUGGGGGCUGAUUCCCUUGGGGUUCUGCGUGGCCUCCGGUGUCUUCCUCUGGGUGAAGGACCUGAUUCGCCAGGGCCGUGAUACCGAAUGGUCCAGCGAACAGCAACGCGGCGAGACCGCCGUUGUCAACCUCAUCCCUGAGUCGGUCGAAUGGAUGAAUACGGCCAUCGGUCUGAUCUGGGGUUUGAUCAACCCAGACAUGUUUGCAGCUGUUGCGGACACGCUGGAAGAUGUGAUGCAAGCAAGUGUGCCCGGUGUGAUUGAAAAUGUCAAGGUCAACGACAUCUCCCAGGGGAGCAAUCCCAUCAGAGUUCUGAGCUUGCGUGCCCUCCCGGAUAGUCACGUUCAGGACCUGAAAGACGAGAUCCGUAAACAGGACGAGAAGACCAAGGACCCCCAAGAACUGGCCGCUGAUGAGGAGGGCGGUGAUUUCUACAAUCUCGAGGCAACCAUCGCCUACCACUCACUGCCAUCGGGCGCGGACGUGUCUUCAAAGGCCAAGAACAUGGGCAUGCAACUGGUCUUCUAUCUGGGCAUGAAAGGUCUCUUUGGCGUGCCCUUCCCCAUCUGGGUUGAACUCAAUGGAUUGGUCUGCACCGCCCGUCUCCGCGUGGCUCUUGCCCCUAAUCCGCCAUUUAUAAAGACACUGAGCGUCACCCUCAUGGGCUUGCCGAGAGUCGAGGCUAGCUGCAUACCACUCAUCGAAAAGGGUGCCAAUGUGCUCAACCUUCCUCUGAUCUCCAAUUUUGUCAAUUGGGCAAUCGCAACCGCCGCCGGCAUGUACGUUGCCCCCAAGUCACUAACCCUCGACAUUGGCAAGAUGCUAUCUGGUGAUGAUAUCACGAAGGAGACGCAAGCCCUCGGCGUCCUGUUCAUCCGUAUACACAAGGCAACUGGUCUCUCGAAACAGGAUCGCAGAGGGAGCGAGGGCGGAGGGAGCGAUCCUUAUAUAUGUGUCGCCUUCUCCAAGUUUGGCAAGCCUCAGUACUGCACCCGUGUUAUCCAGGACAACCUUGACCCGAUCUUUUCAGAGUGCGCUGCUCUUCUUGUCACCCCUGAUAUCAUCAAGGCAGAUGAGCAGCUCUCGCUGGAGCUCUGGGACAGUGACAGGUCGUCCGCGGACGAUGUUGUGGGCAAGGUCGAGCUGAGUAUUCAGAAGCUCAUCCAGCAUCCAGGCAAAAUGUUCCCUCAACAGUCGACCCUAAGGGGCACCAAGGCGGAAAGUACCAUGCCGGGCACGCUGUCUUGGGAAGUCGGCUUCUUUGGCAAGACGCAAUACCGCAAGGCCCUUCGCACUGACGGCAAGGAUCCUAACCUCCCGAAGGAGCUACAGGAUAAGAAGGAGCUUCAGCAGGACGUUGGCUCCUUGGACACAGCCGACGAGGACGCCGUUGUCCACACGCCGCCUGAUCCUCUUUGGCCAAGUGGAAUUGUCAGCGUCGUGGUUCAUCAAAUUGUCAACCUCGAACUUGAGAAUGUCAAGGGCUCAGAGGGCAAGAGGAAGGGGCGAGAAUUCGAGCCUGCUAGGCCUGAAGCGGGAGAUAUCAAGGAGGAGACGGGCAAGAAACUGCCGAGCUCAUAUUGCACGAUCCUUAUCAAUGACGAACUAGCAUACAAGACCCGAACCAAGGUGGUUUCCUCGAAACCGAUCUUUGAAGCUGGGACAGAGCGAUUCAUCCGAGACUGGAGGGCAGCCAUUAUCACUGUCACCGUUCGGGACUCGCGCAACCGACAGCACGAUCCAAUUAUCGGAGUCGUCCCGCUGAAACUGUCCGAUAUUCUCUUGACCAGCAGUCAGGUCACCCGAUGGUACCCCCUCGACGGUGGUAUCGGCUUCGGGCGGGUCCGUAUCUCGCUCCUUUUCCGCUCCGUCGACCUCAGGUUGCCGCCCCAGCAGCUCGGCUUCGGCGAGAUCGGAACGUUUGAAUUCCUCUCGGACACUCUCAAGGCGGUCAACUAUGACGGAAACCCUCGCACAAAGUUGAAGCUGCGCACCGGAGGGAGUUCCGCCACGAUAAAGAGCGACAAAUGUACGCAGGCCGAUGAUGGCAGCCUCGUGUGGGAUAUCACGGAGUCUCAGCCCAGAAGGAACGAAGAUGGAACUACAACCAAUGUGGAGGGUCACAUUCGGCUUCCUGUGCGAUAUCGUUACCGCUCACCAGUUUUCUUCGAGUUCCACCCGGCUGGGAAACGGCACAGUGACACUUAUGCUUCUGUGUGGUUGCAGGACCUGAUCGAUCUCGAAGAGAAGGACUUUGAUAUUCCCAUCUGGCGGUGCAACAACGGCACACGCCUGAGCCAGAACUAUAUCACUGAGGCCAACUAUCGGGAUGUUCCCAACCUGAAAAUCGAGGAGAUUGGACGACUCAGAUUUCGAGGCAGGUUCAAGCCGGGCACCGACCGCGACCACCUCAAAUUUGUGAGCGACAACGACUCUCGCGAGACGAUUGAGAGCUGGGAAGCAUGCUUCGCCGAGGGCGUGAGGAAGGAGCUCGUCGUGGCAGAGGUUCCACCGAGCAUCCAGAAACUGCACGAUGCCAGUCUUACGCAGGGGCGAGACGUUCUCGCCCAGGCAGACGAGAAGGACAAAGAGAAGUGGCUCGCCAAGGACGGUACCGACUGGAGCGGGGCCUUCGGAAAAGACCCCGUGGAAAUGAUGGGCAAAAGCCCCGGCAAAGACGAUGGUACAGACUCCGACGAAUACGAGUAUGACGACGAGGACUCGAGCAACCCCGAUCUGGGUAUCGCCGAUGCGACCACUGACCCUUCCGUCUACAGCGGCGGAGACGCCAGCGGCGAUCAGUCCAGCACGGGAGCGCGCCAGUCGGUCGACAGUGGCCAUGGCAGCCAGCUGUCGCAUCAGACGACCAAGAGCAGCAGCGGCAAGUCCAACAGCAGCAAGAGCCCGAUCAAAGCGCUCAAGGAUUACAGAACAAGGAGUAGGGACCUGCAUCGUCAGCACAGGGGGUUGAUGCAAUGGAAACCCAUGCGUAAUGUUCAAUUUGCCAAAGACGAGGCCACUUUUGCCGUUCGUCGGAUCACCAAGGUUGGAUCCCUGAGCGGGCGGAAGCCUGAUGUUGAGACAGAAGUAUAAGGCGGAAGUACUUGAUCGCUUCUUGAGACUCCUGGUUCUAGGGACAGCGUUGGCAUUUAAGCUUCCUCGUUAGUUUAUGGUUCUGGUUGGUGGCAAUGGGUCGAGGCAAAACGGAUGGGCUCCUUGACGAACGUCCUGCGAUGAAAGUAAUGAAUAAAUGAAUGUAGUAUUCGCAAUGAAGCAUAAUAUUUUCUCUC